AGCUGAUGGGCUCGAGCCCUUAUUUAUUCGGAGAACUGAGUGCUCCUGCAGAAAAGGCGUCUUGAAUCUCGGGAGGCUGCUGCAGGGAUGAACUCAAGCCAGCAGGAUGCAGACACCUGCGAUACACCAAGGAGAGAGGAGAGAGAAGGUCUUUUAUCAGCUGCAAGCCAGGCUGAGAGGGCCGACUCAACAUCAGGAUCAUCACCUGGUGAUGGAAUAAGAGGUUCCCUCGAGGCUCUCCGUCGGAGCAUGCAGCAAGUUUUAGAUAGUUGGUGGACGUCACGAGCCUGUCGAAGAGAGAUGGAGGAGUCGCUCCGGAGACUCAGAGCCAUCGAGGUGGAUCUCGCCCAACUACAGAGGCCACGAAGGCCGAGCCUGGAGCAUGAGAAGAGCUCCUUAGAGGAGCUGAGAGAAGAAAUCCAGAUUGGAAAGACCAAGUCUGUCUCCUUAUCACGGCGCUGGCUUGUGGAAACCUUCACGGAGGCAAACCAUGAAGCACCAACCUCCAGAAGAAGCAGUGUGUCGGAAGUGAUGUCUCCAAGGAUAUCAGCGAGGGCAGCUGAGGAGGAAAGCAGUGUGGCCAAAGAGCCGACGUUGAAGCACCUCGAAGAAGAGGCUGCUGACUUGCUAGAGCGAGCAGGGAUGCUCGACUUCAAUACUGUGGCAUGUGGAGAAGUGCCCGGAAUGAAAGGACAUCUUUUGCAGGUUUUAUUCAAGACCGCGGUGAAGCAGGAUGCAUUGCUGGAAAAGUUGGACCAGCAGGGCAAUCUCGUCUCCGAGGUCGAUUUCAACCAAUCGCUCUUCACCUUCUUGGGCAGAAUAGAAGAGAUGUAUUGCCCACAGAUACCGUACCAUACAGCCCUCCAUGCUGCAGAUGUGAUGAUGACCACGGAGUGGUUUCUUCGGGCGCCGACGCUAGCUUCCGAGGUCUCCGAGUUGGAUCACGUGAUGGUUCUGAUCGCCUGUGCCAUCCAUGAUGUUGGACACAAUGGCAGGAACAAUCUCUUUCACACGAAGACCAUGAGCCCAUUGGCGAUCACCUACAAUGACAAGAGCGUUCUUGAGAAUAUGCACGUGGCAUCCGCCUUCGAAGUCAUGCAGCAGGAUGCGCAGUACAAUUGGCUCGCCCACUUGCAGCAGAACUUCCUUCCAGAGAGUGCAUCCAAGGCUGUGAACUUGCAGCAGUACAUCCGAAGGGGAAUCAUUGACAUUGUCUUGGGCACAGACAUGGCCAAGCACAUCCAGCACCAGAAAUUUCUGGCUAGCCGCGUUGCCGCAGUGCAAAACCAAAACAAUGCCGAGGCUAAUGGUGAGACCAGCAAGAUGGAAUUUCUUGAGGCCAUCAUGCAUGCUGCCGACAUCUCUAACCCAUGCAAGCCCAGAAAGAUGAUGCUGCACUGGACUCAAAGAGUAAUUGAGGAGUUUUGGGCACAGGGUGACGAAGAAAUGCGACUCAACAUCGAGGUCAGUCCGAUGUGUGAUCGAAUCACGGGAGAAGACUCCAUUCCGAAGCAGCAAUUAGGCUUCAUUGACUUCGUGAUCACUCCCUACUACACGCCUUUGGCUGAAUUAAUCCCGGAGGUGAAAGAAGCGACCAAAAAUAUGUUGGACAACCGCUCCUUCUGGUUGGAGAAGGAAUCUCAGCAGGCUCAUUGCUCGCAUCUCUUCAAAGAGAAUGCCGAAGGAUGAGUAUUGCAGCAUCUCUGUACAUAAUCAGAUAUACCAAUUACUAGGCGAUCUCGCCCAAUUCAGCAUGGAGCUUUGUAGCUCUUCAGGAGCUCAGCGUUCCAGAUGUAUAACGUACCUUUUGCAUCUUUUUUUUGCAGGAA